UUGGCUCAACUUAAGCCAACCCAAAGAAUCCAUCUCUUGUUCAAGUCUAGUGAGUUCUUUGGUUUCACUUGCCAUGGAAACUAAGAACUCUCUUGAGCACCAACAACCUUCUGAUUCCCCAAAGCCUUCACUAGAUCAAGAACCCAGCAAAAGGUUCUGGGACAUUCUAGAUCUCCACAAGUGGGAAGGUUUCUGGUACUCAACUGGUCACCUAGAAGGUACAAAAGACCUCCAAGCACACCAUGAAUCCCGGGACGACGAUAUAGUCUUAGCUUCCUCCAUUAAAACAGGCACAACAUGGCUCAAAGCUCUUUGUUUUUGCAUCAUGCAAGGCCAAAAGGGUGCUGACAAGGGCAAAGUUGGUGAGAAAGAAGAAGAAGAAGAUGACCCUCUUCUCAAGAACCACCCUACUUUCUAUGUGCAAACCAUUGAAAGCAAAAAUUACGAGAAAAACUCAACUGUUGAUCUCUCAGGUAUGCCAUCUCCAAGACUGUUCCAUACUCACAUCCCUUACAAUGCCUUACCGGAAUCAAUGAAAAAAUCGAAUUGUAAGAUUGUGUACAUAACCCGGAACCCUAAAGACACAUUGGUUUCAAUGUGGCAUUUCCUCAACAACGUUAGGACACCAGAGCAAGGCCCAUAUCCAUUCGACAAAGCAUUUGAGAGCUUCUGUGAUGGAGUUCACCCAUACGGUCCCUUCUUUGAUCAUGUGUUGGAGUAUUGGAAAGAGAGCUUGAAGAAGCCUGAGAAGAUCCUGUUUUUGAGGUACGAAGAAAUGAAAAGAGAUCCGAAAGAAGAAGUGAAAAAGUUGGCUUCGUUUCUUGGAAGGCCAUUCGCAAAUGACAAAGAGCUUGAGAAGGUGCUGUGGAGGUGUAGCUUGGAUAGGCUUAAGAACUUGGAAGUGAACAAGAAUGGAUUGACUAGUGUUGGGAUUCCCAAGAGUUCUUUUUUCAGGCUUGGUGUCGUUGGUGAUUGGAAGAACAAUUUGAGCAAUGAGAUGCAAGAGAAGCUUGACCAAAUGACCAAGAUGAAGCUAGAGAAUACUGGGCUUGAACUUGAGAAAUGAAGCAAUAUGGAACAAGAGAGAAAGUGUUCUUCUAGGCCAAGUGAUGAAUUUAAUUUGAUGCUUUGAAUAAAAAAAUAUGCUACCUAUGGCAUAUUAUGAUGUAGUUUCUAUUGUCGUUUGUAGUUUGCAUUUGGAAUAAUCUAUGCUCUCAUGCUUAGUCAAAACUUUGUCAUGGUAUGUUCAUGUGAUGGUGAACUCCAAUUACCUUCUCUUUUCAAAAAAAAUUAUUUUCUUACUUUAAUAUCA